AUGAUCGCUGCACGUCAUGCCAACCAGGCUACAACCCGCGAGCGCGCAUUUGGGCGGUCCGCGAGGGCAGCAUGUCGGGUUACAUCAAUUUCGGCUGUCCCAACGGCGUCAACGGUGGUGCCUGACCUGCCGGACGCCUUCCACCGGGCACCGCCCGAACCAAAGAGCCGGGCCAACGUAGUCCUGGGUGCCCAGUGGGGCGACGAAGGCAAGGGGAAGAUCGUCGAUCUCCUAGCCAGCGAGGCUCAGAUCGUGUGCCGGUGUCAGGGUGGCAACAAUGCGGGGCACACGGUCGUCGUGGAGAGCGUCCACUACGACUUCCAUCUCCUUCCCAGCGGGCUGACCAACACAAAAUGCACGGCCGUCGUCGGCAACGGAGUGGUCAUCAACGUUCCGCAGCUCUUCGAAGAGAUCAAGGCGAACGAAGAGAAGGGGCUCCAGAUCUCGUCUCGGCUACUAAUAUCGGACCGAUCUCAUAUAGUUUUUGAUUUCCACCAGGCCGUUGAUGGGCUCCAAGAAAUUGAAAAGGGUGCCAAAAGUCUUGGUACGACGAAAAAAGGCAUUGGUCCAACCUAUGCAUGCAAGGCUUCGAGAACAGGGCUGAGGAUGGCAGAUCUGGUUGGUGACUUUGCAGUAUUUGAACAGAGGUUUCGGAGUCUAGUGUCUACGUACCAGCGGCUAUUUCCUGCCCUCAAGGUUGACCUCGACGUAGAGCUUGCCAAAUACAAGGAUCUGGCGAUGAAGCUGCGGCCGUUCGUUAUUGACACGGUGUCGUACCUGCACGACGCGCUGGCCGAAGGCAAGAAUAUCCUCAUCGAAGGUGCCAACGCCUGCCUUCUAGACAUUGACUUCGGAACGUAUCCGUUUGUGACGUCUUCAAACUGCACCGUGGGUGGCGUCUGCACGGGUCUCGGCAUUCCGCCGCGAGCCAUCGGCAACGUGUACGGCGUGGUCAAGGCGUACACGACGCGCGUUGGUGACGGCCCCUUCCCCACCGAGCAGAAGAAUGACGUCGGGGAGCGACUACAAACCAUCGGCGGCGAAAUCGGUGUCACGACCAAGAGGAAACGGCGGUGCGGCUGGCUCGACGUGGUGCUGUUACGUUACUCCAGCAUGAUCAAUGGAUACAGCGCGUUGGCCCUGACCAAGCUUGACAUCCUGGACACCUUCGAUGAGAUCAAGAUUGGCACGGCUUAUCGCGUGGAUGGCAAGGUGUACAAGUACCCGCCCGCUAGUGCCGAUGAGAUGUCCAGGGUGGAAGUCGACUACAUGGUCAUGCCUGGCUGGCGGACAUCAACGUGUGAGUGCCGCAAGUACUCGGACUUGCCCGCAAACGCCCGCCGCUACGUUGAGACCGUCCAGGAGCUCCUAGGCGUUCCCUUCAAAUGGAUCGGCAUUGGGAAAUCUCGCGCAGCCAUCAUCACGAUUCCCUGAUGAGCAGCACCAGAAAGCGCCACAGCACAAGCGCAUGUUCGCGACAAACAACUUUGUAAACCUUAAACAGCCGAGUUGUUUUAUCUCUUUCCUCAUUUUACCCCGCGCUUGUUAUUUUUAAUUCAUUGUUACUUUAAGAAAAAGAACACGUCCAGUUGUCUUUAUUCACAGGCCAUUGUCGAUAGGAGUUUCCGUUUGUUCAGUUCAGGCCCCACUCGACGGUGGAUUGCAUUCAACGAACGAUAACCGUUUCAUUAUAGCCUCUUGUAGUCUAGCGCACGGCAGGGAUGUGGGAGGUAGACCUAGCGUGGCAUGCCCUCUGAAAGCAAUUAUUUGCCCUCUGAAGCAAUUUAGAUGGCCAUUUUGUCCCACAACAAUAGCCAUCAUUUGUUUCUUGAAAGCACAGCCCCUGCCAUUUUUCUGUCGAAAACGUCUUGGAUAACAUUUACGUACUUGUCGUUUGCUAGCUGUAAUAAUGAGGCACGAAGCGGUUAAUGCGUGGAAAGCCAUGCAAUAUGGGUGACUGUUAUUGUUGAGCACUAUGAUAGUAAUACAGGUAAUUAAGUCUUGGUUUCACGAAGCUGAGGGAGCCCACAAGUUGGGAAAUGAAGAUCAGUAGAUUUUGAAAGGCCCGUGCACGUUACGUAGUUCUUCGAAGCCAGUGAAGAGGUCAAUUUUUGCCCUGUAUGAAGUUAGAGACAAUGGAACCACUGCUCCUUAUAGGAGGAGCAAAGCUUCAUUGUUAAGCAGCACAUAAGUUAACUACAAAGCACGUCUCCUUGGCGAAUCAUUUGCAUCCAUCUCAUGAAUUGAAACUUGGCAUGCACAAGUGUCCUCAAAACCAUAUUUUGGACAAGCAGUCUACCGUGUCCCUAAAGGGUUUCACUAAUUGGGUUUAAUAAUUGGGCUUAAUGUGCAGUAACUGAUUUCACUUGGUUAAAUCAAUGUUGAAAAUUCAUCGACUUUGUUAAAUUAAGGUUGAAUGGUAUACGGUUGCAGUGAAUGGUGGCUGCUUCUGUAUGCCUUCAAGAAUGGACAUCAGCCUUGUGUUAACAACCAGGCAUUUAUCCCUGCAAGACUACACGAAGCAUUUCUUUUUAGUUGGUGCUUGUUUAAAACUGAGCUCAAGCGGAAAAGAAAAAUUAUCGCAUGUAGAUUACUGUGAGCACGCAAGAAUCUCUGCAAAAGCACUCUUUUUUUUCAAGCAGAUUGUACAACGUAUACUAGUAAUUCGAAGGUGCUUGUGUUUGUGUCAAAACGAAAUCUGUGGUUUGCGAGAUGGUAGCCGGAAACAUUAGUCCGAAGUCUUUUUUUUAAUGAGAAAUUGCAAUCCCUAUGGCUUUUUUAUGCAAUGGGAAUAGUAUGUCAAAAGUUCCUUGUGUAGCUCAAAACAGGUGUGUUGAAAAAACUCCUAGUAAUGAGCUCUCAUGGUGUGGUUGUAAAUUUUAUUGGAAGGGAGCACUAAUAAGUGUUACUGCAAGGCGUUUCACUAACAAUUAGCUGCUGUCCGAUUUCUCUCUCUUUGACUGAGUCGUAAUCGCUGCAUGGUCUCAAGACCUUGUACUUAUUGGUGCGUGGUCUUCGAUGUGUUUUGGUGAAUUGUUGUGGUUACCACCUCAGCAUGUGUGGACUUCAAGAGUGCUAAGUAUGCAGCGAGUGCGGGUAUCUCGCAGUGUUGUUCACACUUGCAGAUUUGGCAGCGGGCCCAAGGGUAGCAGUAAAAUAUUAGCGGUUUGCUAAAACUCUCCAGAAAUGUCCUUCAAAACCUGCACUGCAUUUGUGGGUUUACUGCUGAGAGACUGGCUCAUUAGUGGGUAGUGUGUGUUUUCGGUGGUUUCAUUGGCCUUGCCAAGAUUUUUUCCGGAACCUUCAUGAAUUUACGAGGGCAGUUCUUUGCGAAAGUUCAUGAUAAAUCUAACCUCCCCUCCUUCCUCUUUCAACCCUCCUCCUCCUCCUUCGUGAUAAAUGUUGAAUCUCGAAAAUAGCACAGAAGUCCGAUUUGUUUUUUGUUGUCCAGUUUUAGUACUGUAACAAUGCAUUGAUAAGAUUGCCAGCAAAUCUGGGUAUUUUUUGUUGAAUUUGUCUCGAGCGAGAGACCGUUGCGCACGGUGGGUCGUGUAUCAGAAAUUUGUUAUGCCUCUGCUGUGUUUUUGGCGCAAUUGAAGCCCUCACACUUGUAUUUAAGUACACAGCUGCACCACAGGGCUGGUAUCUUGAGCGACGUACAUUGCAAAUAUGGUGGUUGCUGAAGCGCCGUCCAUUUGUAACGUUAAAUGGCAUGAUGAGACGAUUCAUUGCAUCUAUGGUGGCCUGUAGGUGGCACAAACAUGGGUCGUUGUGUCACUGUAUGAGCUCGAUUUCUUCAAGGGAGAUGGCAUUCUUUGCUAGCCUGAAAGCCCAUGCUUGAACGAAAAUACACCUGUACGAGUUGUAGUACUGCCAUAUGCCGAAUUACUCUUGCCAAGUUGUGAUAAUCUGUUUACUUUGCCAGUUUUAAGCGUCGAGUGUUUUACAAAGCGAAAGUGUGUACUUCUGGCACUAUAUUGUGAUGUCGCUGCACUGGGAUGGGUCUGGCUAACUCCUGCGCAGUGAUUCGUGGGUUCAUUCCUUGUACUGUGUGUUACAGCGAUAACUGUCUUCGAAUGCCAGUUCCCAAGAGCUCUAUGCUAACACUGACCGAGCCAUUCUUGCUGGCAAGAGUUCGCAGCACAGGGCUCGGUAGUUAAGCUCUUCAGUUGGCGAUUUUAUUGUGCGUCUUGAAACUGCAGAACGAAAAUUGCUUGUUCGAGCACGGCCCCUUCGUGUAGCUUUUUGCUUGCGCUGCUCGAGCAAGGUUUUGUGCGAGGGAGAGAUAGUGAUAUGCCCUUGAAAGUCCCAAACCUGCAAGAUGUUGAAACUGGCAUUGGAAUCUGACAGAUUCCUGACAAGCUGCCAUGUAUUAGAAGGUUGCCAGCUAUAUUUGUGUAUUUUCAUAACAUGCUCCUAGCUUCGUGCUUCGCCAGAAACGGUAAAUUCUACAUUACUAGGUGAAGAAUCGCACUUUUGCAAAAAAAGGCCGACUGGUAUUCUGGCAAAAGAUGUGGGAACUUGUUCGAUCGGUUCGCUGAACUAUCGGUAACUGAAAGCUCACUCAAGCUUAUAAACAAGCAAGCUGUGCUUUUUAAGUUUGCUGCGCUUAAAUGGCAUUGUGAAGGUGUCAAGCUUGUAACAGCUUAUGCGAUACCAUCUGCUUUAUAAUAUUGAAGUAAUGAUUCUGGAAUAAUCGUGUUUUGUCGGUAAAAAAUAGUUAAUUUAGUUUCCUGUGUCAGUCACCGCCACUGACUUUAGCCAGCAUAAAUUGCGAUUUCCCAAUUUCGGAGGGGGAGGGGUGUCCUCAACGCCUGUCGGCAGUCGCUGGAACAGCCAGUGUUUUUUUCUGGAAGAGUUUCAUUAGUACACUGUGCAUUGUUUGCGCUAUGCCUUUAGCGUAUAGCAUCGUGUGUACACAGGCCAAAGCCUAAGCAGGAAACCCUAUUUUCGAAGUUGGCUGCUGAGCUUUGUGAAUGGUUAUAUGCAUCGCUUGUUGUAAUCUUAGCUGCGAACUACUAGCUGUGAUGAUUGCCCUUGUUUUGUUGUUAUGCUAUCGUACAAACAGUUACCGUUUUGAUGUCAUCUUUCUCUUUUACUUUCUUGUGCAUUUAGAAGCGAGCAAGUUGGGCCUGCAGUGGGUUCUCCCCGGGAAGGGGAUGGGGUUUCGGGAGGUGUUUUGUAAAGCCUCAGUCAUGAUGCUUGAAAACUUGUGUGUAUAUAAAAGCUGUUCUUUUAUGUGACA